AUGCCAACGCCUUCCAGCAUGAUGUCUGUUGCAACGCUGCUCGUCAAGGGUGCAAGAAGCAUGAUUAAAAAGACAAAGGUCCUGAAAUUGAAAGCAAAGCAUCUACAACGGGAUAGUGGCCCAGGCGAGCAAGGGAUAGCUGCAAAAGGUGCUGGGAGCAAUAACAAAGGCUCAGAUGGACAAGGGGCAAUACGUGCUGUUGAAGAGUGCGAGGCAAACACACAUCAUAAUGGUGCAAGGGGUCCAGUUAACGAGUCAAUGCAGUUUUGGACUGGACCAAAGGCAAUCUCAUCCGCGAAGGAAGGAAAGCAGUGGGAAUUCAAGUGUAAACUUUGUACUGUCGGCUUGGGCAGGGUACACACCAUCCCUUGCAUGACAGACUCUACAAACUAUAAUGAGGAGGAAAAACAUGCACCACUUGGCAACUUAGCAACUCACCUCAAGCACAAGCAUGAGUGUGAGGUAGGCCACCAGCACAAGCGCACCCAUGACACAGGUAAUAACAGUGAUGGUGAAGGUGAAAUGCACAAUGCAAUCUUGGCAAAAAUGCUCGAACAAGGCUGUCUUAAUCCCUUGCACUCACUGUCCCAGCAGGGCUUUAAUCAGUACUUUGCUGCUUAUAUUUUGGAGAGCCAUCAUCCCUUCACAACAGGCAAGAUUGCCUCUCUUUGCAUUCUCUUUGAAUAUAUCAAGUGCUGCUUCACUCUCCCCACCGACACAACUCACUUAAUCUCAAUCACUAUGGACAAUGCGUCUGCCAACAAAGUCAUUGCAGAGGUGGUUUGCAACUUGCUUCAAAACUGCUACAAGAUUCCUUUCCAUCCCAAAAACAGUCAAAUUUGCUGUGCUGCACACAUUAUCAACCUUGUUGUCCAAAAGAUCCUCUUGACUCUCAGACUUGUUGACCAAGACCCCACUGCCCAUGACUACUAUGAGGAGGAGAACAAGCAUUUUUUGUUGAACUUUGACCUUGACACAGAAAACAAAGACCAGCAGGCAACAGAAGCAGACAACUACAACAACCCCAAUCCAAGUGAGCAACACCAGAUGGCAAUAAGACAGCUUACUCCAAUUUAA